GCGCUCCGCGCCUACGGGAGCGCCGUCGAGGAGGGCGCCCUGCUCGCCCUCGAGUUCACCGGGCUCGAGGAGUACCUGGAGCUGCUGCGCGCGGCCGCGCGCGCCCUCGCGCCCUUCGGCUCCAGCGUCAUGUUCUACCUGGCGGCUGCUGUGUCCGACUUCUACAUCCCCCCGUCAGAGAUGCCUGAGCACAAGAUCCAGUCCUCGGAGGGGCCCCUGCAGAUCACGAUGGAGAUGGUGCCAAAGAUGCUGUCUCCCCUAGUUAAGGACUGGGCUCCGGAGGCCUUCGUUAUUUCCUUCAAGCUAGAAACGGAUCCCUCRAUCUUAAUUGAAAAGUCUCGUCAGGCUUUGGAGAAGUAUCGGCACCAGGUGGUAGUGGCAAAUAUCCUGGAGUCGCGAAGGACCUCGGUCAUCAUCGUAACCAAAGACACUGAAACGCCGCUGUCGCUUUCUGAAGAGGAAAUAGCUCAAGGCAUGGAAAUAGAGGAAAAGAUAGUGAAUCACCUACAGGAACGGCACACGGCGUUUAUAGAGAAGAAAUUCUGAAGACCAGCUUGGAAAGAAAAGGGUGGAAUGUUGCUUGGGAGGGCCUGGAACUGGAGCGAUGGGCUCUUAUCACAAGUAAAUAGAAUAAUACUYGGUGACGCACUAUGGGAAAGGCUGCCGUCCAAAACUGUAUCACUUUUCCAUAGCUUCAUAAUGGUAAUUCUGGCUUGCUAUCAAAAAAAAAAAAA